UCUCAGAGGUCACCAUCAUGGCGCUGUCCAUGUUGAAUCUGUACCAUAAUUCUGUAAAAAGCUAUGAACGGGAAUAGUUUUUAAUUAGAUUUACUGUGUUAAUAGAUAUUAUUCUCAUUUAAUUAUUGUUUUUGUCAUUAAAAAACAAAGUCGUUGCAAAAUCAUGCCUGGUUCAAAUGUUUGGACUCGCAGUAGAGCGAGAAUGAGACUUUUUCCGGAGAUGUUCGCUCAGUGUUCAGCAGAGGCAACUGCUUAUGGUAAAUGCGUGGCCGCCACAACGACUGGCAAACAGGAGCUGACCAAAAAUAUGUGCGCUAAAGAAUUUGAAGCAUUAAAGACCUGCUUUCAAUCAGCUGCGAAAAAGGCAGCAAAAUGAAGAACAUAUUGCAUAAAUAUAUUACACAUUACAGUGUUGGGGAUAAAUAUGAUUAGCCAUAAAAUGUACAUUUUCUCAUUUCAUUAUCUCUGUAAAUAUAUAUAAUCUAUAUAAAGUGUUUGAAAUGCAUGAUUGUCUUCCAC